AUGACGUGCAUUUUCGGAUCUCCCAUUGUAUUUCUAUUAGCACAUUUAGGGGUCUUUGCGAUAUCAUCUGCAUCGAGUGCAGAUAACAUCAGCGAGUCAUUUGUUAAAUUUGCAGUAGUGCCCGAUGUAAUUCCCGUGGCACCAUCCGCCCUAGCGAAGGUUGUUUAUCCAGGAGAUGUUCAAGUGUUGCUGGGCAAUGAGGUUCAUCCUUCCCGAAUGAUAAUUGAACCGUGCGUUAGUUGGGACGGUGAUGUGAAUUCUUACUACACACUGGCAAUGGUUGACCCCGACGCGCCUUCGCGCUCUUCGCCGCUUCUGCGGGAGUUUCUGCAUUGGCUAGUUGGUAACAUACCUGGCAAUGACUUGAAAACAGGGGAAACUCUAGCAGCCUACGUGCCUCCCACCCCUCCGCCUGGCACCGGGUUUCAUCGCUACGUAUACCUCAUUUACCGACAACCCGGCCGCGUUGACUUUAACACGAACCUUUUGGACUUUACAACAGAACAACUUCGUGUACACACUUCCAUAAAUGAUUUCGCCAACGAAUACAACCUCGGGGUGCUUGCAUUGAGUGCAGAGAACGUCAGCGAGGCAUUUAUUAAUUUUGGCGUAGUGCCUGAUGCAAUUCUCGUAGCACCAUCUGAUCUAGCAAAGGUUGUUUAUCCAGGAGACGUUCAAGUGUCGCUGGGCAAUGAAGUUUCUCCAUCACGAACGAUAAUUAGACCGCGCGUUGACUGGGACGGCGACAUGAAUUCUUUUUACACACUGGUAAUGAUAGAGAUCGACCUGCCCACUCGCGCUUUGCCCUUGCUUCGGGCGUUUCUGCAUUGGCUUGUUGGCAACAUUCCUGGCAGUGACGUGACAAAAGGGGAAACCCUUGCAGCCUACGUGCCACCCAUUCCUCCUCCCGCCACUGGCCUACAUCGCUACGUAUUCCUCAUUUACCAACAACCCGAGCGCAUCGACUUUAACAUGGACCUUUUGGACUUUACG